AAAGGUCCUUCAUGACAUCCAUGAUGGUUUCCCUCUUUACCUCCUGCCUGACAGCUCCAUCCACAGCAUCUUUUGUCCAGUGCUUAAAAGCGACAUGACGUCAUAAACCUGCGACGCACGUGUGAGCUUGGUGAGAGAAGAGCGAUGGCUCAUGAGAGGCUACAAUUCCAUGAAAUGGGCUUAGACGACCGCCUGCUAAAGGCAGUCGCAGAUCUGGGAUGGUCAAAGCCCACUCUGAUCCAAGAAAAGGUAAUCCCUUUGGCUUUAGAUGGAAAGGACCUUCUGGCUCGAGCCCGGACUGGGUCUGGGAAGACUGCCUCAUAUGGUAUACCUGUCAUACAGCGCAUCCUGGCUUCCAAACAGACUGUGCGUGAGCAAGAUGUGAGGGCUCUGAUUGUGGUGCCAACCAAAGAACUGGGUCACCAAGUUCAGAUUAUGAUGAGACAGUUAACGGCGUACUGCUCCAGGGACGUCCGAGUGGCCGACAUCUCUAGCAAGGUUGAUCUGUCAACACAGAGGCCCAUUUUAAUGGAGAAGCCGGAUGUAGUUGUGGGGACGCCAUCCCGUGUGCUUGCCCAUCUCAACGCACAGAACCUGGUCCUGCGUUCUUCUCUUGAGAUGCUGGUGGUAGACGAAGCCGACCUAAUCUUCUCUUUUGGCUUUGAGUCUGACCUGAAGAACUUGUUGUGCCAUUUACCAAAUAUCUACCAGUCUUUCCUGAUGUCUGCUACAUUUAAUGAGGAUGUCCAGAGCCUCAAGGAGCUGUUGCUGCACAAUCCUGUGAUACUGAAGCUUCAAGGAUCCCAGCUCCCAGACAGCAGCCAGCUGCAGCAGUACAGCAUCAAAUGUGAGGAGGAGGACAAGUUUCUACUUGUGUACACACUGCUCAAGCUGUGCCUGGUUAAGGGGAAGACGCUAUUGUUUGUGGGAACUGUGGACAGAUGCUAUAGACUCAAACUGUUUCUCGAACAGUUUGGCAUUCCUGCCUGCGUCCUCAAUUCUGAACUGCCGGUCCAGUCCAGAGCUAAAGAUAAAGAGUAUGGAGUGUCAAGAGGUGUGGACUUCCAAAAUGUUGCCAAUGUAAUUAACUUUGAUUUCCCAAAAACUGUGGAAUCGUAUAUUCAUCGAGUUGGAAGAACGGCAAGAGCAGACAACCCGGGCACCGCUCUGUCAUUUGUAUCUCACACCGAGCUUGGUUUGCUGUCAGAGGUGGAAGAAGCUCUUACUGGGGAUGAGACAAAUUCUCCCCUCAAACCAUAUGAAUUUAAAAUGGAGCAGAUUGAAGGCUUCAGGUACAGAUGCCGGGACGCAAUGCGCUCAGUGACAAAGCAGGCAGUGAAGGAGGCCAGACUAAAAGAGAUCAAACAGGAGCUGCUCAAUUCAGAAAAACUUAAGACAUACUUUGAGGACAACCCCAGAGAUCUGCAGCUACUCCGGCAUGACAAAGACCUCCAUCCUGCUGUUGUCAAACCUCACCUUAAGAAUGUACCUGAGUAUCUCAUUCCUGAGGCACUGAAGGGCGUGGUACAUCCACUGACAAGCAGAAGAAGGCGGAGAAAAGAGAUACAGAGACCAGAAGGAGUCAUCAAGAGCAGUUUUAAGAAGAACAUCCGGGGGAAGAACCCACUGAAGAGUUUCCAGUACACUGGAGGAAAAAACAGAAAAGGCAAAGCGAGCCAGUCAUAGCCGUUGGAACACACCUGAAUGCGUUUGAGUUGCAAAUGUUAUUACACUCAUACACCAGUCUAUUAUAUCUCAUUAGCAAUAUCUGUUUUAUUUGAUCCAUUGAAUAAUUAACUGUAUACACAGUACAUUUGUUCUGUAUAGUUACACAUGUUGGAAUAAAUUUUCUGUCAAACCUC